AUGCAUACAGUUUGCUACCCGAAUCCUGCUACUCCUCCAAGCUCUGUCAGACGGUGUAACCCUGACCAUGAUAGCGGCGACGAACUCAGGCUUCAAUCUGCUCGAACUCUCGUUCAGACUCCACCCAGCUCUCCACCUGAACAACCACAGAAUUACCAUGGCCGCAAUGACUGGAGACACCCAAGCCAUACUAUGACGGGACCUCCCCGGAUCAGUGUGGGCUCUAAACGUCGACGAAUGCCAUCCUCCGAAGAAAUCCCCCCGAAUUCAGAAAAUGAUAUCUUUGCAUUCCCACAUCUUCCUCCCAUAAUGGAGCGCCUGCCUAGCCUUGUGGGGCGUGCACACAAGAGGUUUAGGCCUUUUGAACAACCCCAUGGUCUUAUGCCUAAUGCAUUGGAGCUUCGGUUUUCUCAAAGGUGUCUGGAUUCCGGCGAGACGGAUAUAAGUUUAUCCGAUAUCCAAGAGGGAAAAGACGUCCUUCAGCGUUGCCUAAAAGUGUUGCCUAAGACCAUCGUCGGUCAAGCUCUCAUUGCAAAGGAAGCUGACUGCGAACACAAGCGCCUGUCCACUCUAGCUAUGGUUUGGGCGGCUGAGGCAAGUGAGCGAGACAAGCGACUUCGUGAAAUGCUCAUUGAAGAGGAACUCGCAAAAUACGCCAUCAGCACUGCGGAAGCUUCCAUUCUCCAGAAAGUUUUGGUUGGACGUAGUGUGGAGGAGCUCGAUGCUGCUACAGACUUCUGUGUGGGCGCAUACAGUCACAACUUCCGGUCGUUCACUAUCGCCGAUUCGACCCUUGAUCAGAUCGAGGGUGUUACCUCAUGCCUGUCCAGAGAGGAAGCUGAUGGUCAAUUGGAAGAUGAUUCCUCCGACUUUGACUCGGAGACCAAUGGCUGA